AUGGCCCACCAGCGCGCCUCGUCCAAGCACCUCCGCCAACGACACAACUCGGUCGACGCCCACAUGCAACAUGAUCCCUCGUCCAUGUCCUCGCGCACCUCGCUCGCCGAACGCCGCCCCUUCCACCAGCAGUCCACUCCCUUCAUGACCCAGGACCCGGACCCCUACGACUCCGACGAGGCCAACUGGUCCCCCGCCGCCAUCGAGAAUGGCGGGGCGCACAAACCGCUGAACAAUCAGGAUGGACAUCUGAGGACACCUUUGUCACCCACGCUCUCGCUACCGUCGGGUGCCUCGACGCCCAAUCCGGAUGCCAGUACACGGCAGGGCAAUUCAGUGGCCACAUACCCUCCCCCGCCGCCGACAUGGAUGAACAUGCCGAACAAGCUCCAGCUGGGCGUGCUGGCGGCCUCGCGAUUCGUCGAUUUCUUCCAGAUGGCGGCGCUGCAGACGUUCAUGUACUACCAAUUGAAGAGCUUCGAUCCCUCACUACCCGAUGAUGUACUCGCACAUCAAUCGGGAAUGCUGCUGGGGUCUUUCACGGCGGCACAGAUCAUCACGAGCAUAUUAUGGGGACGAGCUGCGGACCAGCCGAUGGUGGGCAGGAAGCUGGUGCUGCAGAUUGGGUUGAUCGGGACGGGGUUUGGAUGCAUUGGGGUCGGCUUCAGCAGGACGUACGGGCAGGCUAUGUUCUGGCGGUCGUUGAGUGGAGCGAUCAAUGGCACGGUGGGAUCGGCGAGGACAAUGGUGGCAGAGGUCACGCCUAAACCCUGGCAUCCGAGAGCAUUUUUACUGCUACCUGCGGCGUUCAAUGUGGCCAACGUCUUUGGGCCGAUUUUGGCGGGGCUACUGUCGGAUCCUAUCGUUCAUCUCGCCCAUCUUUUUGGGCCAGGAAGCACUUUUGGAGGCGAAACUGGAGUCGCGUGGAUGGAGCGAUAUCCUUACGCCAUGGCGAAUUGCAUCAGCACUAUAUUUCUUUGGGCAGAGGCGGUCCUGGUGCAUUUCACGCUGGAAGAGACGCUCAAGGGCAAGCGGCCGCUCGAGCUGUCGAAAUUCGACCCGGUCACGCUCGUGCGGAACAUGUACGGACAAGUGACGAGCCUGCGAUCUCGCGGCUACCAGAUGAUCCGCGAGCAGCGACAAGGCCUCCUCACCAACAACGAGCGGGCUUCGUUCGAGAUGGGCCAGAUGAACAGCCGUGGCGAAGUCAUCGAAGAGAGACCCGUCCAGCGCCUGCCCUUCCGCCGGAUAUGGACUUCGAAUGUCAUCUGGGUGCUCGUGACCGUCGCCAUCUUUGACUUCCACAUGGGCGCCUUCAACAACCUCUGGAUCCUCUUCCUCUCCUUCCACCGGCAGUUCACCGCUCCCAUCGAACCCGUCGGCCCCGGCGCACCGGCAGCACCCAUGCAAGAUGCUUCACCCCCAGGCGCCGCCAUCCCACCACCACCAGCAGAGCUCGGCCUCAACCCCCGCGACCUCCCUAUGCACCCCCGCAGCAUCUUCAAGUUCGCCGCCGGCCUCGCCUUCCCUCCCCCCACCAUCGGCUUCGCCAUGGCCAUCGUCGGCUUCAUCGGCAUCGCCCUGCAAUUCCUCCUCUACCCCUGGGCCAACGCGAAAUUCGGCCUCAUGCGCGCCUUCCGCAUCUCCCUGUUCUUCUUCCCACUCGCUUACUACCUCGCACCAUACAUCGCGCUCCUCCCCUCCGCUUCCGCCCCACCCGAACCCGCCUCCGGCUGGGCAAUCUGGGGCGGCAUCUCCCUCGUCCUCUUCCUGCAAGUCGCCGCCCGCACCUUCGCCCUCCCGGCCACAAUCAUCUUGAUCAACAACUCCUCGCCCCACCCCAGCGUGCUCGCCACGAUCCACGGCAUCGGCCAAGCCACGUCCGCGACUUUCCGCACGCUCGGGCCGAUGCUGACGGGGUAUUGGUUCGGGAUGUGGACGAAGCGCGGCAUCAUCGGCAUGGCGUGGUGGAUUACGGGCAGUAUCUCGGCUAUCGGGUGCGUGGCGAGUUUUUGGGUGCGGAAUGGGAGUGGGCAUGAGAUUUUCUUGCCUGGGGAGGAGGAGUUGGAGAAGGAAUCGCAAACCCAGGGUGGGAGUGGGGACGGACGGUGA